UGCAGCUAUGACAACAGGAAGUACCACAACUGUCGAAGAGACAACCAUGGUCAUGACAACGACACCUGAAGUCACCACCACUGAAGCAACUACAACAAUGGCAACAACAACUCCAGGUGACUGCGCGAAAAACCUAAAUGAUGAUAGUCAGCCGGAUCCGGUGAUCACCCUCCAGACAUCCGACAUGACUGACGUUACUCCAGAUCAAACUGUCACACUUUCCGGUGGGACAUCGUCAAUCACCGUUCGAUUCGGAAGUAGUGAUACUGGAUACAAGGUCCUGACCAGAGUGACAGCCGUCAUCCUGAGUUUUGUCGAUCCAACAACAGAAAGCCCGCCCAUGAUGAUUCGUCUCGAAGGCGUCACUUUUUCAAACGGAACGACAGCUGAAGACAUUGGUGAAAUUAAUUCAAGUGGCCCAACCACCGGAAUGUUUAGACUUGGGGCACUCGGAGAAGAACCCGUGGAUGCUUUGGUCUUUUCCGUGCCCGACAUUCUGCCUCAAAACGCUUCUUCAGUAGACGUUGUCGUCCGAUUUGAUGGAUGCAUCAAGACAGAGACCAUAACUACUGUGGUGACUACGAGUGUUGCUACCACUACCACACCAGCAACCACUACAACUCCGGCUACCACUACAACAACAGAAAAGACAACUACAGCUAUGACAACAGGAAGUACCACAACUGUCGAAGAGACAACCAUGGUCAUGACAACAACACCUGAAGUCACCACCACUGAAGCAACUACAACAAUGGCAACAACAACUCCAGGUGACUGCGCGGAAAACCUGAAUGAUGAUAGUCAGCCGGAUCCGGUGAUCACCCUCCAGACAUCCGACAUGACUGACGUUACUCCAGAUCAAACUGUCACACUUUCCGGUGGGACAUCGUCAAUCACCGUUCGAUUCGGAAGUAGUGAUACUGGAUACAAGGUCCUGACCAGAGUGACAGCCGUCAUCCUGAGUUUUGUCGAUCCAACAACAGAAAGCCCGCCCAUGAUGAUUCGUCUCGAAGGCGUCACUUUUUCAAACGGAACGACAGCUGAAGACAUUGGUGAAAUUAAUUCAAGUGGCCCAACCACCGGAAUGUUUAGACUUGGGGCACUCGGAGAAGAACCCGUGGAUGCUUUGGUCUUUUCCGUGCCCGACAUUCUGCCUCAAAACGCUUCUUCAGUAGACGUUGUCGUCCGAUUUGAUGGAUGCAUCAAGACAGAGACCAUAACUACUGUGGUGACUACGAGUGUUGCUACCACUACCACACCAGCAACCACUACAACUCCGGCUACCACUACAACAACAGAAAAGACAACUACAGCUAUGACAACAGGAAGUACCACAACUGUCGAAGAGACAACCAUGGUCAUGAAAACAACACCUGAAGUCACCACCACUGAAGCAACUACAACAAUGGCAACAACAACUCCAGGUGACUGCGCGGAAAACCUGAAUGAUGAUAGUCAGCCGGAUCCGGUGAUCACCCUCCAGACAUCCGACAUGACUGACGUUACUCCAGAUCAAACUGUCACACUUUCCAGUGGGACAUCGUCAAUCACCGUUCGAUUCGGAAGUAGUGAUACCGGAUACAAGGUCCUGACCAGAGUGACAGCCGUCAUCCUGAGUCUUGUCGAUCCAACAGCAGAAAGUCCGCCCAUGAUGAUUCGUCUCGAAGGCGUCACUUUUUCAAACGGAACGACAGCUGAAGACAUUGGUGAAAUUAAUUCAAGUGGCCCAACCACCGGAAUGUUUAGACUUGGGGCACUCGGAGAAGAACCCGUGGAUGCUUUGGUCUUUUCCGUGCCCGACAUUUUGCCUCAAAACGCUUCUUCAGUAGACGUUGUCGUCCGAUUUGAUGGAUGCAUCAAGACAGAGACCAUAACUACUGUGGUGACCACGAGUGUUGCUACCACUACCACACCAGCAACCACUACAACACCGGCUACCACUACCACGACAGAAAUGGCGACUACAGUCAUGACAACAGGAAGUACCACAGCUGUCGAAGAGACAACCACCGUCACGACAACAACACCUGAAGUCACCACUACUGAAACAACUACAACAAUGACAACAACAACCCCAAAACCAACUGAAAUAGGCGACACCGAAACUACCACACAGAGGACCCGAACAUCAGGUUUGACCACGCCCACCACAUCAAGCAGUGAGACUACCACCCUGUCUACAACUACUUCUGGCCAAACAACGCCAGGUGACUGCGCGGAAAACCUGAAUGAUGAUAGUCAGCCGGAUCCAGUGAUCACCCUCCAGACAUCCGACAUGACUGACGUUACUCCAGAUCAAACUGUCACACUUUCCAGUGGGACAUCGUCAAUCACCGUUCGAUUCGGAAGUAGUGAUACCGGAUACAAGGUCCUGACCAGAGUGACAGCCGUCAUCCUGAGUUUUGUCGAUCCAACAACAGAAAGUCCGCCCAUGAUGAUUCGUCUCGAAGGCGUCACUUUUUCAAACGGAACGACAGCUGAAGACAUUGGUGAAAUUAAUUCAAGUGGCCCAACCACCGGAAUGUUUAGACUUGGGGCACUCGGAGAAGAACCCGUGGAUGCUUUGGUCUUUUCCGUGCCCGACAUUCUGCCUCAAAACGCUUCUUCAGUAGACGUUGUCGUCCGAUUUGAUGGAUGCAUCAAGACAGAGACCAUAACUACUGUGGUGACCACGAGUGUUGCUACCACUACCACACCAGCAACCACUACAACACCGGCUACCACUACCACGACAGAAAUGGCGACUACAGUCAUGACAACAGGAAGUACCACAGCUGUCGAAGAGACAACCACCGUCACGACAACAACACCUGAAGUCACCACUACUGAAACAACUACAACAAUGACAACAACAACCCCAAAACCAACUGAAAUAGGCGACACCGAAACUACCACACAGAGGACCCGAACAUCAGGUUUGACCACGCCCACCACAUCAAGCAGUGAGACUACCACCCUGUCUACAACUACUUCUGGCCAAACAACGCCAGGUGACUGCGCGGAAAACCUGAAUGAUGAUAGUCAGCCGGAUCCAGUGAUCACCCUCCAGACAUCCGACAUGACUGACGUUACUCCAGAUCAAACUGUCACACUUUCAAGUGGGACAUCGUCAAUCACCGUUCGAUUCGGAAGUAGUGAUACCGGAUACAAGGUCCUGACCAGAGUGACAGCCGUCAUCCUGAGUUUUGUCGAUCCAACAACAGAAAGUCCGCCCAUGAUGAUUCGUCUCGAAGGCGUCACUUUUUCAAACGGAACGACAGCUGAAGACAUUGGUGAAAUUAAUUCAAGUGGCCCAACCACCGGAAUGUUUAGACUUGGGGCACUCGGAGAAGAACCCGUGGAUGCUUUGGUCUUUUCCGUGCCCGACAUUCUGCCUCAAAACGCUUCUUCAGUAGACGUUGUCGUCCGAUUUGAUGGAUGCAUCAAGACAGAGACCAUAACUACUGUGGUGACUACGAGUGUUGCUACCACUACCACACCAGCAACCACUACAACUCCGGCUACCACUACAACAACAGAAAAGACAACUACAGCUAUGACAACAGGAAGUACCACAACUGUCGAAGAGACAACCAUGGUCAUGACAACGACACCUGAAGUCACCACCACUGAAGCAACUACAACAAUGGCAACAACAACUCCAGGUGACUGCGCGAAAAACCUGAAUGAUGAUAGUCAGCCGGAUCCGGUGAUCACCCUCCAGACAUCCGACAUGACUGACGUUACUCCAGAUCAAACUGUCACACUUUCCAGUGGGACAUCGUCAAUCACCGUUCGAUUCGGAAGUAGUGAUACCGGAUACAAGGUCCUGACCAGAGUGACAGCCGUCAUCCUGAGUCUUGUCGAUCCAACAACAGAAAGUCCGCCCAUGAUGAUUCGUCUCGAAGGCGUCACUUUUUCAAACGGAACGACAGCUGAAGACAUUGGUGAAAUUAAUUCAAGUGGCCCAACCACCGGAAUGUUUAGACUUGGGGCACUCGGAGAAGAACCCGUGGAUGCUUUGGUCUUUUCCGUGCCCGACAUUUUGCCUCAAAACGCUUCUUCAGUAGACGUUGUCGUCCGAUUUGAUGGAUGCAUCAAGACAGAGACCAUAACUACUGUGGUGACUACGAGUAUUGCUACCACUACCACACCAGCAACCACUACAACUCCGGCUACCACUACAACAACAGAAAAGACAACUACAGCUAUGACAACAGGAAGUACCACAACUGUCGAAGAGACAACCAUGGUCAUGACAACAACACCUGAAGUCACCACCACUGAAGCAACUACAACAAUGGCAACAACAACUCCAGGUGACUGCGCGGAAAACCUGAAUGAUGAUAGUCAGCCGGAUCCGGUGAUCACCCUCCAGACAUCCGACAUGACUGACGUUACUCCAGAUCAAACUGUCACACUUUCCAGUGGGACAUCGUCAAUCACCGUUCGAUUCGGAAGUAGUGAUACCGGAUACAAGGUCCUGACCAGAGUGACAGCCGUCAUCCUGAGUCUUGUCGAUCCAACAACAGAAAGUCCGCCCAUGAUGAUUCGUCUCGAAGGCGUCACUUUUUCAAACGGAACGACAGCUGAAGACAUUGGUGAAAUUAAUUCAAGUGGCCCAACCACCGGAAUGUUUAGACUUGGGGCACUCGGAGAAGAACCCGUGGAUGCUUUGGUCUUUUCCGUGCCCGACAUUUUGCCUCAAAACGCUUCUUCAGUAGACGUUGUCGUCCGAUUUGAUGGAUGCAUCAAGACAGAGACCAUAACUACUGUGGUGACCACGAGUGUUGCUACCACUACCACACCAGCAACCACUACAACACCGGCUACCACUACCACGACAGAAAUGGCGACUACAGUCAUGACAACAGGAAGUACCACAGCUGUCGAAGAGACAACCACCGUCACGACAACAACACCUGAAGUCACCACUACUGAAACAACUACAACAAUGACAACAACAACCCCAAAACCAACUGAAAUAGGCGACACCGAAACUACCACACAGAGGACCCGAACAUCAGGUUUGACCACGCCCACCACAUCAAGCAGUGAGACUACCACCCUGUCUACAACUACUUCUGGCCAAACAACGCCAGGUGACUGCGCGGAAAACCUGAAUGAUGAUAGUCAGCCGGAUCCAGUGAUCACCCUCCAGACAUCCGACAUGACUGACGUUACUCCAGAUCAAACUGUCACACUUUCCAGUGGGACAUCGUCAAUCACCGUUCGAUUCGGAAGUAGUGAUACCGGAUACAAGGUCCUGACCAGAGUGACAGCCGUCAUCCUGAGUUUUGUCGAUCCAACAACAGAAAGUCCGCCCAUGAUGAUUCGUCUCGAAGGCGUCACUUUUUCAAACGGAACGACAGCUGAAGACAUUGGUGAAAUUAAUUCAAGUGGCCCAACCACCGGAAUGUUUAGACUUGGGGCACUCGGAGAAGAACCCGUGGAUGCUUUGGUCUUUUCCGUGCCCGACAUUUUGCCUCAAAACGCUUCUUCAGUAGACGUUGUCGUCCGAUUUGAUGGAUGCAUCAAGACAGAGACCAUAACUACUGUGGUGACUACGAGUGUUGCUACCACUACCACACCAGCAACCACUACAACUCCGGCUACCACUACAACAACAGAAAAGACAACUACAGCUAUGACAACAGGAAGUACCACAACUGUCGAAGAGACAACCAUGGUCAUGACAACGACACCUGAAGUCACCACCACUGAAGCAACUACAACAAUGGCAACAACAACUCCAGGUGACUGCGCGGAAAACCUGAAUGAUGAUAGUCAGCCGGAUCCGGUGAUCACCCUCCAGACAUCCGACAUGACUGACGUUACUCCAGAUCAAACUGUCACACUUUCCAGUGGGACAUCGUCAAUCACCGUUCGAUUCGGAAGUAGUGAUACCGGAUACAAGGUCCUGACCAGAGUGACAGCCGUCAUCCUGAGUCUUGUCGAUCCAACAACAGAAAGUCCGCCCAUGAUGAUUCGUCUCGAAGGCGUCACUUUUUCAAACGGAACGACAGCUGAAGACAUUGGUGAAAUUAAUUCAAGUGGCCCAACCACCGGAAUGUUUAGACUUGGGGCACUCGGAGAAGAACCCGUGGAUGCUUUGGUCUUUUCCGUGCCCGACAUUUUGCCUCAAAACGCUUCUUCAGUAGACGUUGUCGUCCGAUUUGAUGGAUGCAUCAAGACAGAGACCAUAACUACUGUGGUGACUACGAGUAUUGCUACCACUACCACACCAGCAACCACUACAACUCCGGCUACCACUACAACAACAGAAAAGACAACUACAGCUAUAACAACAGGAAGUACCACAACUGUCGAAGAGACAACCAUGGUCAUGACAACAACACCUGAAGUCACCACCACUGAAGCAACUACAACAAUGGCAACAACAACUCCAGGUGACUGCGCGAAAAACCUGAAUGAUGAUAGUCAGCCGGAUCCGGUGAUCACCCUCCAGACAUCCGACAUGACUGACGUUACUCCAGAUCAAACUGUCACACUUUCCAGUGGGACAUCGUCAAUCACCGUUCGAUUCGGAAGUAGUGAUACCGGAUACAAGGUCCUGACCAGAGUGACAGCCGUCAUCCUGAGUCUUGUCGAUCCAACAACAGAAAGUCCGCCCAUGAUGAUUCGUCUCGAAGGCGUCACUUUUUCAAACGGAACGACAGCUGAAGACAUUGGUGAAAUUAAUUCAAGUGGCCCAACCACCGGAAUGUUUAGACUUGGGGCACUCGGAGAAGAACCCGUGGAUGCUUUGGUCUUUUCCGUGCCCGACAUUCUGCCUCAAAACGCUUCUUCAGUAGACGUUGUCGUCCGAUUUGAUGGAUGCAUCAAGACAGAGACCAUAACUACUGUGGUGACCACGAGUGUUGCUACCACUACCACACCAGCAACCACUACAACACCGGCUACCACUACCACGACAGAAAUGGCGACUACAGUCAUGACAACAGGAAGUACCACAGCUGUCGAAGAGACAACCACCGUCACGACAACAACACCUGAAGUCACCACUACUGAAACAACUACAACAAUGACAACAACAACCCCAAAACCAACUGAAAUAGGCGACACCGAAACUACCACACAGAGGACCCGAACAUCAGGUUUGACCACGCCCACCACAUCAAGCAGUGAGACUACCACCCUGUCUACAACUACUUCUGGCCAAACAACGCCAGGUGACUGCGCGGAAAACCUGAAUGAUGAUAGUCAGCCGGAUCCAGUGAUCACCCUCCAGACAUCCGACAUGACUGACGUUACUCCAGAUCAAACUGUCACACUUUCAAGUGGGACAUCGUCAAUCACCGUUCGAUUCGGAAGUAGUGAUACCGGAUACAAGGUCCUGACCAGAGUGACAGCCGUCAUCCUGAGUUUAGUCGAUCCAACAACAGAAAGUCCGCCCAUGAUGAUUCGUCUCGAAGGCGUCACUUUUUCAAACGGAACGACAGCUGAAGACAUUGGUGAAAUUAAUUCAAGUGGCCCAACCACCGGAAUGUUUAGACUUGGGGCACUCGGAGAAGAACCCGUGGAUGCUUUGGUCUUUUCCGUGCCCGACAUUCUGCCUCAAAACGCUUCUUCAGUAGACGUUGUCGUCCGAUUUGAUGGAUGCAUCAAAACAGAGACCAUAACUACUGUGGUGACUACGAGUGUUGCUACCACUACCACACCAGCAACCACUACAAUUCCGGCUACCACUACAACAACAGAAAAGACAACUACAGCUAUGACAACAGGAAGUACCACAACUGUCGAAGAGACAACCAUGGUCAUGACAACGACACCUGAAGUCACCACCACUGAAGCAACUACAACAAUGGCAACAACAACUCCAGGUGACUGCGCGAAAAACCUGAAUGAUGAUAGUCAGCCGGAUCCGGUGAUCACCCUCCAGACAUCCGACAUGACUGACGUUACUCCAGAUCAAACUGUCACACUUUCCAGUGGGACAUCGUCAAUCACCGUUCGAUUCGGAAGUAGUGAUACCGGAUACAAGGUCCUGACCAGAGUGACAGCCGUCAUCCUGAGUCUUGUCGAUCCAACAACAGAAAGUCCGCCCAUGAUGAUUCGUCUCGAAGGCGUCACUUUUUCAAACGGAACGACAGCUGAAGACAUUGGUGAAAUUAAUUCAAGUGGCCCAACCACCGGAAUGUUUAGACUUGGGGCACUCGGAGAAGAACCCGUGGAUGCUUUGGUCUUUUCCGUGCCCGACAUUCUGCCUCAAAACGCUUCUUCAGUAGACGUUGUCGUCCGAUUUGAUGGAUGCAUCAAGACAGAGACCAUAACUACUGUGGUGACCACGAGUGUUGCUACCACUACCACACCAGCAACCACUACAACACCGGCUACCACUACCACGACAGAAAUGGCGACUACAGUCAUGACAACAGGAAGUACCACAGCUGUCGAAGAGACAACCACCGUCACGACAACAACACCUGAAGUCACCACUACUGAAACAACUACAACAAUGACAACAACAACCCCAAAACCAACUGAAAUAGGCGACACCGAAACUACCACACAGAAGACGCGAACAUCAGGUUUGACCACGCCCACCACAUCAAGCAGUGAGACUACCACCCUGUCUACAACUACUUCUGGCCAAACAACGCCAGGUGACUGCGCGGAAAACCUGAAUGAUGAUAGUCAGCCGGAUCCAGUGAUCAGCCUCCAGACAUCCGACAUGACUGACGUUACUCCAGAUCAAACUGUCACACUUUCCAGUGGGACAUCGUCAAUCAGCGUUCGAUUCGGAAGUAGUGAUGCCGGAUACAAGGUCCUGACCAGAGUGACAGCCGUCAUCCUGAGUUUUGUCGAUCCAACAACAGAAAUUGCGCCCAUGAUGAUUCGUCUCGAAGGCGUCACUUUUUCAAACGGAACGACAGCUGAAGACAUUGGUGAAAUUAAUUCCAGUGGCCCAACCACCGGAAUCUUUAGACUUGGGGCACUCGGAGAAGAACCCGUGGAUGCUUUGGUCUUUUCCGUGCCCGACAUUCUCCCUCAAGACGCUUCUUCAGUAGACGUUGUCGUCCGAUUUGAUGGAUGCAUCAAGACAGAGACCAUAACUACUGUGGUGACUACGAGUGUUGCUACCACUACCACACCAGCAACCACUACAACUCCGGCUACCACUACAACAACAGAAAAGACAACUGCAGCUAUGACAACAGGAAGUACCACAACUGUCGAAGAGACAACCAUGGUCAUGACAACGACACCUGAAGUCACCACUACUGAAGCAACUACAACAAUGGCAACAACAACUCCAGGUGACUGCACGGAAAACCUGAAUGAUGAUAGUCAGCCGGAUCCGGUGAUCACCCUUCAGACAUCCGACAUGACUGACGUUACUCCAGAUCAAACUGUCACACUUUCCAGUGGGACAUCGUCAAUCACCGUUCGAUUCGGAAGUAGUGAUGCUGGAUACAAGGUCCUGACAAGAGUGACAGCCGUCAUCCUGAGUUUUGUCGAUCCAACAACAGGAAGUCCGCCCACGAUGAUUCGUCUCGAAGGCGUCACUUUUUCAAACGGAACAACAGCUCAAGACAUUGUUGAAAUUAAUUCAAGUGGCCCAACCACCGGAAUCUUUAGACUUGGGGCACUCGGAGAAGAACCCGUGGAUGCUUUGGUCUUUUCCGUGCCCGACAUUCUCCCUCAAGACGCUUCUUCAGUAGACGUUGUCGUCCGAUUUGAUGGAUGCAUCAAGAAAGAGACCAUAACUACUGUGGUGACCACGAGUGUUGCUACCACUACCGAACCAGCAACCACUACAACACCGGCUACCACUACCACGACAGAAAUGGCGACUACAGUCAUGACAACAGGAAGUACCACAGCUGUCGAAGAGACAACCACCGUCACGACAACGACACCUGAAGUCACCACUACUGAAACAACUACCACAAUGACAACAACAACUCCAGAACCAACUCAAAAGGGCGAUACCGAAACUACCACAGAGAGGACGCGAACAUCAGGUUUGACUACGCCCACCACAUUAAGCAGUGAGACUACCACUCUGUCAACAACUACUUCUGGCCAAACAACGCCAGGUGACUGCGCGGAAAACCUGAAUGAUGAUAGUCAGCCGGAUCCAGUGAUCACCCUCCAGACAUCCGACAUGACUGACGUUACUCCAGAUCAAACUGUCACACUUUCCAGUGGGACAUCGUCAAUCACCGUUCGAUUCGGAAGUAGUGAUACCGGAUACAAGGUCCUGACCAGAGUGACAGCCGUCAUCCUGAGUUUAGUCGAUCCAACAACAGAAAGUCCGCCCAUGAUGAUUCGUCUCGAAGGCGUCACUUUUUCAAACGGAACGACAGCUGAAGACAUUGGUGAAAUUAAUUCAAGUGGCCCAACCUCCGGAAUGUUUAGACUUGGGGCACUCGGAGAAGAACCCGUGGAUGCUUUGGUCUUUUCCGUGCCCGACAUUCUCCCUCAAGACGCUUCUUCAGUAGACGUUGUCGUCCGAUUUGAUGGAUGCAUCAAGAAAGAGACCAUAACUACUGUGGUGACUACCAGUAUUGCUACCACUACCACACCAGCAACCACUACAACUCCGGCUACCACUACAACAACAGAAAAGACAACUGCAGUUAUGACAACCGGAAGUACCACAGCUGUCGAAGAGACAACCACCGUCACGACAACAACACCUGAAGUCACCACCACUGAAGCAAUUACCACAAUGGCAACAACAACUCCAGGUGACUGCGCGGAAAACCUGAAUGAUGAUAGUCAGCCGGAUCCAGUGAUCACCCUCCAGACAUCCGACAUGACUGACGUUACUCCAGAUCAAACUGUCACACUUUCCAGUGGGACAUCGUCAAUCACCGUUCGAUUCGGAAGUAGUGAUACCGGAUACAAGGUUCUGACUAGAGUGACAGCCGUCAUCCUGAGUUUUGUCGAUCCAACAACAGAAAGUCCGCCCACGAUGAUUCGUCUCGAAGGCGUCACUUUUUCAAACGGAACGACAGCUGAAGACAUUGGUGAAAUUAAUUCAAGUGGCCCAACCACUGGAAUGUUUAGACUUGGGGCACUCGGAGAAGAACCCGUGGAUGCUUUGGUCUUUUCCGUGCCCGACAUUCUCCCUCAAGACGCUUCUUCAGUAGACGUUGUCGUCCGAUUUGAUGGAUGCAUCAAGAAAGAGACCAUAACUACUGUGGUGACCACGAGUGUUGCUACCACUACCGAACCAGCAACCACUACAACACCGGCUACCACUACCACGACAGAAAUGGCGACUACAGUCAUGACUACAGGAAGUACCACAGCUGUCGAAGAGACAACCACCGUCACGACAACGACACCUGAAGUCACUACUACUGAAACAACUACCACAAUGACAACAACAACUCCAGAACCAACUCAAAAGGGCGAUACCGAAACUACCACAGAGAGGACCCGAACAUCAGGUUUGACUACGCCCACCACAUCAAGCAGUGAGACUACCACCCUGUCUACAACUACUUCUGGCCAAACAACGCCAGGUGACUGCGCGGAAAACCUGAAUGAUGAUAGUCAGCCGGAUCCAGUGAUCACCCUCCAGACAUCCGAAAUGACUGACGUUACUCCAGAUCAAACUGUCACACUUUCCAGUGGGAAAUCGUCAAUCACCGUUCGAUUCGGCAGUAGUGAUACCGGAUACAAGGUCCUGACCAGAGUGACAGCCGUCAUCCUGAGUUUAGUCGAUCCAACAACAGAAAGUCCGCCCAUGAUGAUUCGUCUCGAAGGCGUCACUUUUUCAAACGGAACGACAGCUGAAGACAUUGGUGAAAUUAAUUCAAGUGGCCCAACUACCGGAAUGUUUAGACUUGGGGCACUCGGAGAAGAACCCGUGGAUGCUUUGGUCUUUUCCGUGCCCGACAUUCUCCCUCAAGACGCUUCUUCAGUAGACGUUGUCGUCCGAUUUGAUGGAUGCAUCAAGAAAGAGACCAUAACUACUGUGGUGACUACGAGUAUUGCUACCACUACCACACCAGCAACCACUACAACUCCGGCUACCACUACAACAACAGAAAAGACAACUGCAGUUAUGACAACCGGAAGUACCACAGCUGUCGAAGAGACAACCACCGUCACGACAACGACACCUGAAGUCACCACCACUGAAGCAACUACCACAAUGGCAACAACAACUCCAGGUGACUGCGCGGAAAACCUGAAUGAUGAUAGUCAGCCGGAUCCAGUGAUCACCCUUCAGACAUCCGACAUGACUGACGUUACUCCAGAUCAAACUGUCACACUUUCCAGUGGGACAUCGUCAAUCACCGUUCGAUUCGGAAGUAGUGAUACCGGAUACAAGGUCCUGACCAGAGUGACAGCCGUCAUCCUGAGUGUUGUCGAUCCAACAACAGGAAGUCCGCCCACGAUGAUUCGUCUCGAAGGCGUCACUUUUUCAAACGGAACAACAGCUCAAGACAUUGGUGAAAUUAAUUCAAGUGGCCCAACCACCGGAAUGUUUAGACUUGGGGCACUCGGAGAAGAACCCGUGGAUGCUUUGGUCUUUUCCGUGCCCGACAUUCUCCCUCAAGACGCUUCUUCAGUAGACGUUGUCGUCCGAUUUGAUGGAUGCAUCAAGAAAGAGACCAUAACUACUGUGGUGACCACGAGUGUUGCUACCACUACCGAACCAGCAACCACUACAACACCGGCUACCACUACCACGACAGAAAUGGCGACUACAGUCAUGACAACAGGAAGUACCACAGCUGUCGAAGAGACAACCACCGUCACGACAACGACACCUGAAGUCACCACUACUGAAACAACUACCACAAUGACAACAACAACUCCAGAACCAACUCAAAAGGGCGAUACCGAAACUACCACAGAGAGGACCCGAACAUCAGGUUUGACUACGCCCACCACAUCAAGCAGUGAGACUACCACCCUGUCUACAACUACUUCUGGCCAAACAACGCCAGGUGACUGCGCGGAAAACCUGAAUGAUGAUAGUCAGCCGGAUCCGGUGAUCACCCUCCAGACAUCCGACAUGACUGACGUUACUCCAGAUCAAACUGUCACACUUUCCAGUGGGACAUCGUCAAUCACCGUUCGAUUCGGAAGUAGUGAUACCGGAUACAAGGUCCUGACCAGAGUGACAGCCGUCAUCCUGAGUUUAGUCGAUCCAACAACAGAAAGUCCGCCCAUGAUGAUUCGUCUCGAAGGCGUCACUUUUUCAAACGGAACGACAGCUGAAGACAUUGGUGAAAUUAAUUCAAGUGGCCCAACCACCGGAAGGUUUAGACUUGGGGCACUCGGAGAAGAACCCGUGGAUGCUUUGGUCUUUUCCGUGCCCGACAUUCUCCCUCAAGACGCUUCUUCAGUAGACGUUGUCGUCCGAUUUGAUGGAUGCAUCAAGAUAGAGACCAUAACUACUGUGGUGACUACGAGUGUUGCUACCACUACCACACCAGCAACCACUACAACUCCGGCUACCACUACAACAACAGAAAAGACGACUACAGUUGUUACAACAGAAAGUACCACAGCUGUCGAAGAGGCAACAACCGUCACGACAACGACACCUGAAGUCACCACCACUGAAACGACAACCACAGUGACAACUACAACUCCAGAACUUGAGUCCACUGUUAUCACAGAUAUUACCACCACUUCUCCUGCAACUACUACUAUUGCGGCCACUACAACAACAGAAGUAAUCGCAACUGCAGUUACAACUACAUCGAGUACAACAACUGUUGAGGAAACAACCGCCCUCUCAACAACUAAAGCUGAAGUCACAACAACUGAAGCAACUACCAUAAUGACCACAGCAGCGUUAGAACCAACUUCUAAGGGCGACACGGAAACUACAACAAGUAUGAUCACCACAUCAGCUACAACUACGCCGACAACAUCAGCCACGACGACUACCACCUUGUCCACAACGACUUUGGGAGAAACAACUGUGUUAACUAGUGAAAUGACUGCUGUCACCACAGAAGCACCGGAUGUCACCACCACUGAAACAACUACCACAGUGACUACAACCCCAGAACCAACCCAAAGGGGCGACACAGAAACUACAACAGAACGAUCGCGAUCACCAGGAGAAACAACGAGGGAGACUAUGACUACCACUACAGCAACUACCACUACUCCUGCUACAACAACUACUCCGGCUACUACAACAACAGAAACAGUCACUACUAAAGCCACAACUACUGAAGGUACUACAACAGUCGAAGAAACAACAACUGUCACAACAGAAGCACCAGAAGUGACCACAACUGAAACAACUACCACAGUGACUACAACAACUCCAGAACCAACCGAAAGGAGCGACGGAGAAACUACAACAGAACGAUCGCGAUCACCAGGAGAAACAACGGCGGAGACUAUGACUACCACUACAGCAACUACCACUACUCCUGCUACAACAACUACUCCGGCUACUACAACAACAGAAACAGUCACUACUAAAGCCACAACUACUGAAGGUACUACAACAGUCGAAGAAACAACAACUGUCACAACAGAAGCACCAGAAGUGACCACAACUGAAACAACUACCACAGUGACUACAACAACUCCAGAACCAACCGGGAGCGACGGAGAAACUACAACAGGACGAACGCGAUCACCAGGAACAACAACGGAACCAUCCGAAUGGAGCGACGGAGAAACUACAACAGGACGAACGCGAUCACCAGGAACAACAACGGAGACUAUGACUACCACUACAGCAACUACCACUACUCCUGCUACAACAACUACUCCGGCUACUACAACAACAGAAACAGUCACUACUAAAGCCACAACUACUGAAGGUACUACAACAGUCGAAGAGACAACAACUGUCACCACAGAGACACCAGAGGUUACCACUACCAAGGCUACCACUACAGCUGUUGUCUCCACCACCCCAGCGGAAGAAACAACGACACCAUUCCUCACAGAGACUACCACUGCCAAGAUUCGACAGAGUACUACGGAGAAUGCCACUACCACAGGUCCUACUGUACAAUCAACCACCACGUCAGAAUUAACUUCUGUGACAACGAGUUCGCCAACAACAGAAGCCAAGAUUUCCACGACGUUGAUCCAGACUACAACAACAACACCGGAAACUACAGAGCAGACGACCACAAGAAUAGAAACAACUACUACAGAAGGAGUGACCAUCGAAAAGGUGACCACUACCACACCAGAGGCCGUCGUCACCGAGUUGAUCACGACAGAAGGUUCAACCAUUACCACAACGACCACCACUAGACCAAUUAUCGCCUCUACCACACCUGCAACUACCAUGCUCAUGACCACACCCAAACCAGGGAAUGAAACUGGAUGUCUCAAGGACGGCGUUCGAUAUGAAUGGGAGGAGGUGAUCCUUUCCAGUGACCCAUGUACAAAGAUGAUCUGUAAGAAGGAUGUCGGUAUCAUGUCAAUAACGCAGCAAUGCCAAGACCUUGUGUGUGAGGGUAAACUUGUGAGAAGGGACGGAGAAUGCUGCCCGAUAUGCGAGAAACCAAUGCCAACGUGCCAACCACGAACAGAGAAGCGAGAGGCCCUGACGAUCGGAGACUGUGUGUCCACAAGCCCUGUCCUCUUGUCAUAUUGCUCAGGUCUGUGUGAAUCCAAUGUAACAGCUAUGAUGAACACCGCCUUCAAUGGCGCGCCGUACCUUGAUAUCAACUGCAACUGUUGCAAGCCAACCGAGAUGUACGAAAAUAUGGCAACGUUCUUGUGCGAAGAUGGCACAACCAUUGAGAAGGCAUACUAUGUUAUCGAGCAAUGCGACUGUAGGGGCUGCGAGUACGAUCCCAUAACGAUGGGCGCUCUAAACCCAGUCCCAGCAGUGACAGUGCCGCCUGUCGUACAAUAGAAGGAAACACAAGGACUAUCAUCCUUGAGAUCCUUAAAAAAAGUUAACAAAGAAUUAUGUUUUCUCUAGCUAGAUUCAGCUGUCGUUCUUAGUUUCUUUUCUUAAUCAUUUUCAUAAUUAACUCUUUUUUUGCUGAGGAUUUGCCUAACUAACUGAAGCAUUGUUUGGAGUAUCGCUUCUUACACGCUUCGUACAGUGGAAGUCCAUUGUUUAUUCCAUUUGUCAACCAAGGCAGGCAAAGAGUUAAAUGGUAUGUUGGUUGUAUUUUUAUGAUUUCUUUUCAGACAUGUAUUAAAUUAAUUAUGAAGAAAUUUCACACACAAUUUUAUGUUGUUAUAAAGAAGACAUUGGACUGACAGAAGUUAUGUUUGUUUGAGUGUUAAAAGGAUAAAAUCAUUUGAAAAAUACAAGUUAUUUAAUGGAGUGAAGGUCUCAUGGUUGAUGAGAAACAUUUCCCUUUUAUUAAUGCUGUAAGUGGUUACAGUGGAAUAUCAGAAUAGUUCACUACCCUUAGCCAUUUUAUUGAAAUCAUUAGAAAGUAACUGGUAACAGUGCUAAUUUAAGCUGUAGGAAAAUCGUUCGUUCUAUGUUAGCUUUACAAUUUGCAGAAAUGUUAUCAGAUUUACAAAUACUUUAUGCUCAAGUAAUAAAUCUCAAACUGAUUUCUUAUACGAAAUCUGUAUUCCAGUGCAAGAUAUUCAUUUUGUCAAAAAGCAAGACAUUAUUCAGUGCCUUGAAAAGUGAUUCAAAAUGUUUGAGCCAGAACAUGGUUGGAAAAAUGUGAUGGAAAGUAUUUUAAAACUCUAAAGUAAUAUCUACUAUCUAACCUGUGCAAUAUAAUCAUAAUAGUUUUUCUUCGACAAAAUCUGUAUUCCAGUGAAAGAUAUUCAUUUUGUCAAAAAGCAAGACAUUAUUCAGUGCCUUGAAAAGUGAUUCAAAAUGUUUGAGCCAGAACAUAGCUGGAAAAAUGUGAUGGAAAGUAUUUUAAAACUCUAAAGUAAUAUCUACUAUCUAGCCUGUGCAAUAUAAUUAUAAAAGUUUUUCCUCUAUUUUUGUUUUAAGUUACAGUAAUGAAGUUACGUACAGGUAUUCAUAUUUUGUGUAAGAUGUUCUUUGUCUUUAAUUUCUCUCCCUCACUUAUUAUAUGUAGAUGGCAGCUGAAUAAUAAAAAAAAAAACAUAUGAAGAAUGAAA